AUGACAGUGGUGUUGUCAAAGAAGGCAAAGAGGACAGCUCCAUCCUGGUGUUCCCCAUCUCCACCCCCUGUUCCUGGGCCCUCAAGGCCAUCUCACCCCCAGUACACCCACCCACACUCCAGGACAUCUAAUGGUCAGUGCCCGGACCCCAUAGCACCUCCAACAGGCAAGGGAAAGGGAAAGGCAAGGGUGGUGAUAGAGAUUACCAGGGGUGUAGAGGAUCUGCAGAGGAAGAGUAUGGAGGAGGGGUACAAGCAGUGCAGGCUGGACAAGUCCAUCUGCACCAUCAGCAGGAGCAAGCAGAUGAAGAAAUGGAGGACCUCCUAUGACGGGUGCAGCCAGGAGAUGUACAAGUGUGUGUGGGACAACGACGCAAGCUUGGGGAGUAAGUCCCGGAAUCCAAAAGCACCAGGGGCUCUGGUUACUGCUCCUGACCAUCCCGUUAAGACUAGGCCGCCCCGGGGAGCACAUAAGCUGGUUUACCAGCCCCAUAGAAUGACUUGGACCCAAUUCACAAUCAGGGUCCCCCCAGCUGCACAAGCAGUGAUCCCGGCUCCUGCUCACCGCACUCCCCCACCAGCUACUCGCCCUCUUCCCCCUCCACAGAUGCAAUUCAUGUCCCAGGAGUCAAGGAGGCCUCUCCAGAUGUCCCAUAGAGAAUCCAGGGAGAUGGAUGCCAAUGCAAUCCAUUCAGGCCCUGAUCUUUCUGUCCCACCCCCAUUUCUCCUCCUGGCUCUCCCAGUCCAUCUAUGCAGGAAAAAACACCUUUGGACGUUCCCAGCACCCCUUGUCCUUCCCCCGUGCCUCCUCCUUACUGGCCUUUUGAGGUCCAACAGCCGCCAAGGCCCCAUAUACCCCUGGGAGGACCUCAUAAACUUCAGCUUUAUGUCCCCAACACAGCAGUGGAGUCCCCCUCCUUCCUUGGAAGAAAGGGUAGCAAGGAUAAAGCAAAGGCAGGGGAUCAUUAGGGAUCCCUAUGAGAGUAUUAGCAAGCUGGAGGAUGAGGUAGCAAGAUUGAAAGCAAAGGAGAGGGACUACAAUUAG